AUGGUUAAAAAGGAUAAUUUGAAAAUGGUUAAAAAGGAUAAUUUGAAAAUGGUUAAAAAGGAUAAUUUGAAGUUAUUGAAUGGUUUUGCUGAAGAUUUUAAAAAUUUGAAAAACAAAUUACAUUUAAAAUUUAUUCGAUAUAUUGAUUUAUUUACAAUUUUCUUUCUAAUUUUAAAUAAAAAACUUAAAAUCCAUAAUCAAACAAAUUAUAAUAUUAUUGUCAACUUUCUAAAUUCCAUUACUCCUAAUACUACUACUACUACUGAUACUACUAUUGAUAGUAAUGAUAUUGAUGAUAAUUGGAAUGAGAUAGAAGAAUUAGAACUAUCAAUUUGUAUAAAUCGUUUUAUUGAAAAUGUUAGGAAAAAAUAUAAUUUUAUUAGGGAAAAUUCAAUUUUACAGUUUAAACCUUUAACUUUUUCUGAUUUCGAUUCUUGUAAUAUAUCAAUUAAAAGAGAACCUUUUGGUCUCAUUAAAACCAUAUCACAACAUAUCAAUCAUUCAAAUAUAAUUACUACUGGUAACACUGUUAAUAGUAAUAACACCGUCAAUAGUAAUAACUCGUUCAAUACUAAUAACACCGUUACUAGUGUAUUAGAAUGGGAUAAAAAUAAGAUUAAAAAGAUGUUAAUGGAUAUAAUAAAUUAUGGAAUAAGUUCAAAUGAAAUUAAGAGUAAAUCAGUAUUGGUUGGAGUAGUUUCACCAUUUAUUCUAAAUUCUCAUGAUGGAUUAAUUAGUAAAUUCAGAUCCGUAAGAACUAUAGGAACUGAUGAAGGAUAUGAUAAGAAAUGGGCAUACAAUAUAAAUAAAGAAUUAUAUACAUCAUAUAAUUAUCCACUUCAUACAUUAUUUCAAUUCACCAGUACUAAUACUAUUUCUAGUAGUACCAAUAGUGGUAGUCCUAAUAGUAGUACUGAGGUUACUAGUACUAAGGGUACUAACUACACUAGUACUGACACCUGUACGUAUAAUUGUAGAAUAACAGAUUUAUUAUGUGAUAUAAUAUUUAAUAUAUUUGAAAAUAAUAAUAUAACUCAAGAACAUAUGAAAUUAAUUGAAAUAAUUAAGCGAAAUUUACAAGAAAAUACAGUAAAUACAGUAAAUUUACAAGAAAAUACAGUAAAUAAUGAAGAAAUUGAUGAAGAUUAUGAAGAAAUAUUAAUGAAAGUAUCAGAUUUGAAACCAUUUCCUACAAUUUAUUGGUUAAUGAAUAGAAAUUUAAUAUCAAGAGUAUCAGAAUUAGAAGGACAAGGUUUAAUCAAAGAUAUUGAAUCAAUAAUCUGUUCAAUAAUUGAGGAAUUCAGUAAAUCACAAAUGAAUAGAUCAGAAUUUGGUGAAUCCGAAUUUGGUAAAUCAGAGUCUGAUAAAUCGGAAUUUCCUGGAUCAGAACUUCUUAGAUCAGAAUCUCAUAAAUUUAUAGCAUUAUUAAUACUUGAUAAUAUUUUUUAUAUGUUUAGAAGAUUUCAAUUUACACAUCCAAUUCUUAUAGAAUCAUUUUAUAACUUUUUUGUAAACUCGGAACAUUUCACUUGUAUAGAAAAUUUACAAGAUAUUAAUUAUAUAAAUUUUAAUAACAAAAUAAAAUCAAAUGGAAAUAAUAUACAAAAUACAUUAAUUAAAGGAAUAACAAUUAAUAAAGGAAUAAGAAUAAUGAAUACAUUGAGGAAAUAUGGAAUUGGUGGAAGUGAAGAUUUCUUUCAUAUUAAAUGCCUUCAUACAAGUUUAGCAUAUGAUAUAGCAGAAGGUUCAAUUAUCGGUUCAUUAAUUAAACAAUUCAUUUAA